AAGAAAAGAGAAGUUUUCUUGUAUCUGCUUCUAUAUCAGAAUGUAGUCAAAACAAUAACAACUCUAACUCAGAGUCUGAACAAGAAUCUGAAUCUGAAGCUGAAUCUGAAUUCGAAUCUAUAACAAUGAGUUACAACAAAAAUAGUGAAGGUUUCCAAUCUGAAGAUAAUGGAGUAGACAUAAUUGAUAAU